AUGGGGCUCCGCGUCCGCGCCUCCUCGCUUCUGCUCUCCCUGGCUCUCGAGCUCGCGGUCGCGCUCGUCUCAGUGUCGGCGCAGCAGAAGUUCGGGAUCAACUACGGGCAGAUCGCGAACAACCUGCCGGAGCCGACGCAGGUGGCGAGUCUCCUCCAGUCGAUGAACGUGAACAAGGUGAAGCUCUACGACGCGGACCCCCGGGUGCUGACGGCGUUCGCCAACACCGGCGUCGAGUUCAUCAUCGCCGUGGGCAAUGAGAACCUGCAGACCAUGGCGGCCAGCCCCGCCGCGGCGCGCCAGUGGGUGGCGACGAACGUGCAGCCCUACCUCCCGGCCACGCGCAUCACCUGCGUCACCGUCGGCAACGAGGUCUUCUCCAGCAACGACACGGCCAUGAUGGCCAGCCUCCUCCCCGCCAUGAAGGCCGUGUACGCCGCGCUCGGCGGGAUGGGCCUCGGCAGCCAAGUGACCGUGUCGUCGGCGCACUCCGUGAACGUGCUCGCCACCAGCUUCCCGCCGUCGUCGGGCGCGUUCCGGGAGGACCUCGCGGAGUACAUCCAGCCCAUCCUCGACUUCCAUGGCCAGACGGGGUCGCCGUUCCUCAUCAACGCGUAUCCGUUCUUCGCGUACAUGGCGAACCCCGGGAGCGUGUCGCUGCCGUACGUGCUGUUCGAGCCCAACCCGGGCGUGCGCGAUCCCAACACCGGCCUCACCUACGACAACAUGCUCUACGCCCAGAUCGACGCCGUGUACGCCGCCAUGAAGGCCAUGGGGCACACGGACGUGGGCGUGCGGAUCUCGGAGACCGGGUGGCCGUCCAAGGGCGACGAGGACGAGACCGGCGCCACGGUGCAGAACGCCGCGGCGUACAACAGCAACCUGAUGCAGAGGAUCGCCAUGAACCAGGGGACGCCGCUAAAGCCCAACGUGCCCGUCGACGUGUACGUGUUCGCGCUCUUCAACGAGGACAUGAAGCCAGGGCCCACGUCGGAGCGGAACUACGGCCUCUUCUACCCCAACGGCUCGCCGGUGUACGCGCUCAACGCCGGCUCUGGCGGCGGUUCGAGUCCCGGCGGAUCGCUCAACCCGUACUACACGUCCAUGUUCUCCUCCUCGUCCAGAUCGGCGGUGAGCGCAACCUUUUUGACAGAGAGAGUGAUACUUUUACUGCUGCUGCAAGCAAUUGUAAUACUCCAACAAUCAUAUUCAUCAUACUGUUAG